UCAAAAUCCCUCUUUUUCCGUUCCCUAUCAAUCAAACAAUCUGGGCCGCACGCAAAAAUGCCCCGGGGCGAGGAGUGCGGACCUAGUCAGGGCAGCGGAGGGUGUUUUUGGAAGGGAAGCAGAAGCGGCAGAGCUCCGGGAAGAAUAAAAAAAUCUGUAUACAAGGGAGGGGGUAAAAAAAUAUGUCGGCGUUUUGGGGGCAGAGGAGGAUUGUGGAAAAGCAAAGGGCGAGAGCUAGAAACGAGGCCCGACAGUUGUAACACUGUCGCUGAGGGGAGGACAGCUGUCCCCGCGUGAUUGAUUGACUGAUGUGGGAAGGAUUUGAGGAUCAACCGGGCUAGCCUGGUGUGCAGCCAAUGCUCGUUAAUAUCACCGCAGUUUAAUUACUGCAUAGAGCGAACAAGAAAUGCAUAUUCAUUUAAAAUGUUAAUUCAAAAAUGCUAAGGCUCUUGAUGCUGUUUUGUUAUGUGGGCAAACGACACUCUUCGUAUCAAUCCGCAGCGGGGUCCUUUUUUUGUACCUGGCUAGCUAGGUUAGCUUGUUUUUUGGUAGUGAUCCCCUUUCUAAAUAUGGCGCGUCUCAUUUGGCCUCACCGUUCUAGCGUGAGAAACACUUUCAAGUUAACAGUUGGCGAACGUUAGCUGUAGCUCGGCCAGGCGGUUGUUCAUUGGGUUAACCUUAGAUUAGGUUGGCGAGCUAACGCCAAUGUGGCGUUAACCUUACAGGCGAGCUAAUGUUAAAUAUUGUGGACUAUCAAAGCUUACUCCCGCCGAGCUACUUUGUCUGCGUCAAGACUGCCGUUGCUGUAGCAGAGGAUAUAGCUUUAGUUGGCCAAUGUUUGCUUUCUUUAACUUUUAUCUCCCCUUGCCGCCACAAACGGCGGGCAGCUAACAGAGCUAACGGCUAAGUUCAUCGUGGUGGGUGUGUUAAAAGCAGUUGCAGGGUAACGUUAUCGUUAGCUUACUAUUAUUAUAACAACGCGUCACGGGCUCGUUAUUUCAGUCUCCUGUUUCGUGAGUGUGGUGUACAGAAAUGUGUCUGACUGUUGAUGAGACGUAAAGAAAUAACGUUACAUUAGUAAACGUAGUCGCUUCAUGCUACGGUAGUCCCCCCACAGCCCCUUGUUUUGCCCAGAGGUGUGUGCACAUAUCAACACAUUUACACUUUAAAUGAUACACGUGUUUAUGUCUUCGUUAUUUCUGCAUCCUAUAUAUCCUUCAAACGCGUCACUUAUCAUUUUAGUUUGAUUUUGGAGGAAAUAUGUGAUCAUUACAUUAAUACGCGUUAAUGUUCAACAUCUAUUAUUCGUUUUAUGAAAUGAGCUUCUUUAUUCUCUUACUUACACUCAAGCAGUUUACAAAGCUAAUGAUAAUCUCUCAUCGUAACCUCAUGACGUUCCAGUGUGUGUGCCUAACGUUCCCCUCCAGGUAGUCUAAUGUGCACUGUGUGUUGUGUAGGUUGGCCACCUGUCCCUGCUCUCUAUAAUGCCCCAGUGUGUGCAGCAUCAGCAGUGAACGUGAUGGCAGCCCAGUCGGUUUCCAUAGACAAGUACCCAAAGGGAGAGCAGCAGGUGGGUGAGAGGGAGACGCUUGCUAUGGACCUCAAGGCCUACACAAUCUGCUCCAACUGGCUGAACGAUGCAAGGUGUGGUAAAGGUAGACGGCGAAUCCGAGCAGAAGUUUAUUGAGGGGACGUUGGCAGAGGCGCCCAGUCCGAUACCCACGGAGCCACAGACACCCAUGGACGCGGACAAAGCCUCCAUAUAUCGGCAUCCCCUGUUCCCUCUCUUGGCCCUGCUGUUUGAGAAGUGUGAACAGUCCACGCUGAGCUCUGACUGCAUCACCUCGGCCAGCUUUGACGUGGACAUUGAGAACUUCGUCCGCUGUCAGGAGAAGGAAGGCAAACCCUUCUUCAGUGAGGACCCUGAACUUGACAACCUGAUGGUGAAAGCCAUCCAGGUGCUGAGGAUCCACCUGCUGGAGCUGGAGAAGGUGAGUGACCUGUGUAAGGACUUCUGCAGCCGCUACAUCGCCUGCCUCAAGACUAAGAUGAACAGCGAGACUCUGCUGAGUGGAGAUCCAGGGAGCCCGUACUCCCCCGUACAAGGCCAGGUCCAGGGCUUCUCCCCCACCAAGACUCCGGUAUGGACCACCCCCAGCACUAUCUCGGGGACCAUCAGUCCCCAGGGCCAAAUUGUGGUGCCAGCGUCCGCUCUGCAGCAAGGGAACGUUACCGUGACUGCAGUCAACCCCAGCCAGGUGGUCGCAGGUAUGUCCCCGUGGCAUACAACCCCCCCCUCAGGUGGCACGGUGUACCAGCCUGUUACAGUCGUCACUCCUCAGGGCCAGGUGGUAACACAGGCUCUAUCUCCCGGGACAAUACGCGUCCAAAACAAUCAGCUCCAGCUGCAGUUUCACCAGGACUUGAACCUCUUUAAUCACGACGACAACUCACCCAAGAACAAACGCGGCGUUCUACCCAAACCCGCCACUAAUGUCAUGCGCUCGUGGCUCUUCCAGCACAUCGGGCACCCAUACCCAACAGAGGAUGAGAAGAAACAGAUCGCCAUUCAGACUAACCUGACACUUCUGCAGGUCAACAACUGGUUUAUAAAUGCACGAAGGCGGAUCCUGCAGCCCAUGUUGGACGCGAGCUCCUCUGAGACACCGAAAGCCAAGAAGAAGACUCCUCAAAACCGGCCACUGCAGCGCUUCUGGCCUGACUCCAUCGCCACAGGAGGCACCCAGCAGCAAGUUACCAUGCCCGACGGCACAAUGGUGACGAUGAACAUGGAGGGUCUGCAGAGCCUGACGUCAGACGGCGCCACACUGGCGGUACAGCAGGUGAUGCUGGGGGGCCACAGUGAAGACGAGUCGGGGGACAGCGGCGAUGAGGACGAUGACACGGACAUGGCCGGGCUGGGCCUGGACAACAGCGACUCGUUGCAGUAGAGGACACACUCCCUCACACUCUGAUCUACACACAAGACGUGCGUAAAUAGGUCGGCUGUGUUCUCAAACACACCGUGGGUCAUAGUACACACACACACACACACACACACACACACACACACACACAUUAGGUUUACAUAGCGCACAAAGCCACAGGACACAACAGUCCUGCACUCUUCCAACCCUCCACCCUGCUGAACGGCGGUUUAUGCUGCGUGUGUGAACAUCAGGAGUUUCACUUCAGAAACUGUUUUUUAAUUAUUUAGUUGAUGUAUGCGAGUGCACUUUUUUGUAUAUUUAAGCUCAACAAGAUAAAAUCAAACAGAAGAAAAAAGAAGUGUUAAAAACACUCGAAGCAAGUUUGUCUGCUCCGUUAUGUCGACUGAUUUCUGAUUU